UGCCUGGGGACAGCACAGUGUCACUGCUUAAUUCGCACUUAGUGCUGGCAGAACAGGAGCUGCGACUAAAUGCAAAGAGAAUGGCUGAAGCUGUAGCCCGUGUUGCCAGGAGAGCCAAUGAGGUGGUAGAGAACAAGGAGCAUCACCUAGAUCUGUCGGAUUGCAAGCUGAACAAAUUCCCCAUCAGUUUGUACAUGGUGCUGAGUACCGUCUCUGAGGAAAUCUUCUCCAUCUCACUGGCCAACAAUGAAAUAAAGGCGCUGACAGGCAAAUUCUUCACUACGUUCACCCAGCUGCAAGAUCUCACCUUGGAAGGCAACAAUAUGCUAAAGCUCCCGGAUGAAGUCUGUGGCCUCACUCAGCUAAAGUCUAUCAAUCUAUCCAGGAACAAGUUCCAGCAUUUCCCAGAGAUGUUACUGGCUGUCAGCAGUAUUGAACACAUCAACCUUGCAGACAAUGAGAUCAAAGAUGUUGCCGUUGAGAAGCUCAGGGCGUUGCCAGCCUUGCGCACUGUGAACCUUCGAGGAAAUCCUCUGAAUAAAGACGGUCUGGACCUCACCAAUAUUACAUUUGAGCUCAUUGUGUGAACAUGAUAUGGGUCAGUCGGUGCUACAGUCACAUCACUUGAUCUUCGAUUACAAUCAACUGGAAAUGCUGUUCUUUGAUUUAGGUUUAUUAUGGAUCAGUAGUUUUGCUAUGAUUGAUUAUGAUGGUGAUUUAAAUUAAUGACUUUAUUUGUAGAAUAAAAAUAAAUAAAUUGUUUGAAUGUUUGAUUGAUAUUUAAUUUGUUUUAACCACUUGUCUCCAGCAGAGGGCAUGUUGCGACCCUCUGUGGUAGCCGAGGGGUUAAAAUUAUCAAUGAAAUUUCAAUGUAAAAAAAUACAUUAAAGAAAUGCACUGGA